AUGGAUUUGCAUAAUGAAGAUAAUAAAAAUGAUAAUCAUAAUAUAAUGCACCAGCACCAUCAUAGUUUACAACCUAUUAUUAAUGAUGCACCAACUCAGCAACAAUAUUAUAGACAAGAACAUGAAAAUAUUCAACAUCACUUAAUACCACCAAACAAUAGCCACAAUAAUGGAAAAUCAUUGUCAUCAUCCUCUUCUAUAAGUUCACAAAUCGAUAAAAUAUUUCAACAAGCAACAAGUAAAAACCAAACUAAAUUAUUAUCAGUAACAACAAGUAAUAAUACAUAUAGCCAAAAUAAUAAUAUAAAUAAUAGUACUGCUACAUAUGGUGAUAUUAAUCAAAAAUAUAAUAAUAGUUUGAACAUCAACAACAACAAUAAUAGUAGUCACCAUCGUCAUGAUAAUGAUAAACCCCACUACAACCACAACCACAACCACAACUAUAAUAGUAAUAGCAAAGAAAAGAAAUCUUCCAAAAAUAGUUUUUAUGAUUACAUAAACUCUGAUGAUAAUAUAAAAAGAAAACUAAGUGAUCUAGAUGAUGCAGAAUUAGAUGAUAUAGUUGAAUCAUUUGAAGCAAAAAAACAGAGUAACAAAAAAAAUAUUAAUGGUAGUGUUAGUAAAAGUAGCAGCAAUAGUAUUAAUAAGAAUCAUCGUGAUAGUAAAAAACAAACCAGUAGUAGCAAUAAUAAUAAUAAUAAUAAUAAUAAUUCAAAUAUAAUACUAUCACCGAUAAGUUCUGAUAUGCUAUCACCAACUCCAACUGAAAGUUCAAAAAUACCAACUUCAAUUUCACCGACAUUAGCAACCCCAAAAAUAACAACAGCAACAACAACAAUAGCAACAACAACAACUUCAACAUCUACCUCAACAACAACAGCAAUAAAAACAGUUAACCAGGAAAUUAAAUUAAAUCAAUUAGAAUUUCCUUAUAAAAUUUCAUCAUUAAAUUGGGAUAUUGAUCAUUUAAAUAAUAAAGAAAAUAUUUAUUGUUAUUGUGGUAAAAAUAAAGAAAGGAUUAUGAUAAGAUGUGAUUUAUGUAAGCAAAUGUUUCAUGUUAAUUGUAUCAAAUUAUUACAGGGUACACAUUUAUAUGGUGAUUGGGUAUAUAGGUUUUCAUGUUCAGUAUGCACAGAUGGUAAUGAAACAUUCGAGAGAUUUUCAAAGAAUUGGGGUGAUAUUUUAGAGAUUACACUAUUUAAUCUUCAACAGAAUCGUAUUGAUCAAUUAGAUAAAUGGGAAAGAAAAUCACCAAACGCCCCAUCGACUUUUUCUUGUAUUAAAACAAAUAUAUCAGAUGAAAGCAAUAUGGAUGAAGUUAAUUUCAACAACAUUAAAAACAAUUUAACCUCAGUUUUAAAAAAAGGAAUUUAUUUUCAUUUGGAUGAAGAAAUUAUACCAUUUAUCGAAAAAAAUUGGAAUCUUUUGUGUAGCGAUAAAAAGAAAAAAUCACAAUGGUUUAAACCAUUAUUACCAGCAUUAACUACAGGUAGAAUUUUUAAAUCAGGUUUUAUAAAUUAUACAAAAAAGAAUAUGUGGGCAUUAGGUACAGAUCAAUUAUUAUUAAAAGAUAACUCAAUGUAUAAAGAUGUAGUUUUAGCACCGUUGCAUAAAAAGAGAAAGAAAAAGAAAUCAAACGAAGAAGAAAAAAGAGAUAAAGAAGUCUCAAGAUUAUUAUUAAUUCCAUCCAAUGUAAACAAUUUCGUACCUACUAUAGAAUAUGAUAUACUUUGUAUAGCAAAAGAAAACUCUGCACCACAAAUUAAAUUAAUCGAUAAUUAUUUUUUGACCGUCAGUAAUGAUGAAGGUUAUCGUAUGGCAAGAUCAUCAUUUCCUUGUGUUUGUGGUAACUGGUUUUUUGAGAUCGAAAUUUUAAACUCCGAUGGUAACUCUAGAUUAGGAUGGUCAUCUCCAAAAGGUGAUUGCCAAGCAAAUGUAGGUUAUGAUCAAUUUAGUUAUGCUUAUAGAAAUCUUCAAGGUGAUAUUAUCCAUAAUGCCCGCUCAAAACCAUAUGGAGAGCCUUAUGGAAAAGGUGACGUAAUCGGAUUUUACAUUAGUUUACCUGAAACCUCUUCCACAACCCAACUAGAAAGAGAUUUUCCAUUCAUUGAUCAAUUAGAAAUCUAUGAUACAGUAAGUAAAGAAUACUCCUAUCCUCAAGAUCAACCUCUAAGAGAUAUCAUACCAAAUAGUUUUAUUCAAUUCUUUAAAAAUGGGGUUUCUCCUGGUCCUGCCUUUACAAAUAUUGGCAAAAGUAGCUAUUAUCCAAGUGCCUCAAUGUAUAUGAAAUCAAUGGUUAGAUUUAAUUUUGGCCCAAAUUUUAAAUUCCCUCCAAAUCAUUUAAAUUUUAAACCAUUUUGUUAUAUAAUAAAAAAAGAUAAAUAAAAGAUUUAUAAAUAAUAGGGGAACCAACCCACAUUUACAUAAUAU